AUGUCCACUUUCAGGGAUGCCUACUAUCGAUACGAUCCUACUGCCCCGCGGGGAAUGGGUCCACCGGGUAAUGCGGGAGGGCCAUACGCGCGGCAUCGGGCCCCACACCCGAUGCAGCAGCAACAGCCUCCUCCGCAAUCCCAGUACCCAUCGUAUCACCAGCCAGCCGGCACCGACUCAAUGUACUCGAUGCCAGACCACGGUGCGGCCGGGAUGGCCGGCAUGGGCGAUGUGGUGUGGGGGGCACAGCCACCUCCACCACCGCAACCCAAUCCGUACGCGUCACCGAUGCAAUACGGGCUACCGCAGGUUCCACCGCAAGGCCCAACGCAGCGACAAGCACCUACGGGGUAUCGACACAUGGGAGGCUAUCCGCAGCAGGAUCCGCAGAAGCUGCAAUAUCCGACGCAGCAAUCGAUGAUGGGUGGAAUGAUGCCCGGCCAGGGUUACGGUGCGUUAAGUCAACCCCAGCAACAACAGCAGCAGCAACAGCAGCAACCGACCCAACAGCAGCAACCGCAGCAGCAAGCUCAGCAGCAGCAGCGCGUGUCGCAGCAUUACCCGCAACCGGGCCACGCGAUGUACCCGGGAGCUCCGGGACCGACCCAAACCGGGUAUGGGGCUUACGGACCGGCUGCGGCAGCGGCGGCCAUGCAGCAACACGCCGCAGUACGGUCCGCGCACGUCUACAAUCAACACCAGCUUGAUCCUAGUGGUGGUUACGGGCAGCACCUCGGUGCCGGUGGUAGUCAGGUUCCCACAAGCCUGCACCAGCUCGGCACACCGCAGCAGCAGCAGCAGCAACCGACCGGUGGACCGGGAGGUCUAGCUCCGACGCAUCCGUCGCAGCAACCCUCCCACCUACCGCAACCGCAGCAACAGCAACUUCACCCUGGGCAGCUUGGUCAGCAGCAGACACACAGCAGCCAACCGCAGCACCAUCCGGGACUGGUAGCCAACCAGCAAGGGGGGCAGGGUCAACAACAGCAGCAUCCGGGCCUUGUGCACCCGGGGGCACAAGCGAAUCCUGCCGCUGCCGGCGGACUGCAUGGGCUGGGGGCGUUGGGUCAGCAACAACAGCAACCUGGCCCGGGUCCGGGACAUCACCCAAUGACGCAUCCGGGAGCGAUGCCCGGUGUAGUGCCAGGUGCCGGCGGCGGGGGUAGUGCCGGUGGUUACGGGGCUAGUGUCCCCCAGCAACAAUCGUACCUGCCGAAUGCUACCAAACCUCAACCGACUCAGCACGGUGGAAGUCCGCAGUAUCGGGCUCCUUUCCCUCAGCUCUCGCCGCAGAUGUCACCUCGCCCACCGCAGAUGUCUCCUCACACACAGAUGUCACCGCGUCCAGUAAUGUCACCGGCGAAACCUCCGGGACCUGGUGGUGUUGUAACAUCGCAAUCGCCGCAGGCAACGUCAACACACUCACCACACCCUCAUUUGGGUAGUGGCGCGGGAGGUGCCAGUGCUGGAUCCGUGGCGGGAGGCGGAGGGAUGCAGAGCCCAAGACCGCAGGUCAGUUCGAUGCCGGGCACCAAACUGACGACAGCCAGUUCGGGCGGCAGUGGUCCCGGUGCCGUCAACACGACGUUGCAAGCACUGGAACAGAUGGUAAUGCCACCGUCGGCUGCAACGGGUAUGGAGUACGCUCAGGCAGCCUAUCGGGGGCCACCGGGUCAUCAGCAGCAGAUGGCCAAUAACCCUUUGUCUCCACUGGGGCCACGAUUACCGAUGUCACCGCAACAUCAACACCAGCACCAGCAGUGGCCACCGAUGGCAGCAGUUCAACAGCAACAGCAGCAAAGGCCCGGCAGUGGAGGUAUCAACGGUAGUGCGCACCACGGUAUGCAAGGGUCAGGUCCACCGGGACCGGGAGGUCCGCAGCAACAGCAGCAUAUGCCCCCGAUGCACUCAGCACACGCCCCACAUCUUCACGGUCCGCAUGGACCGCCACCACCGCAUGCGCAGCAGAUCAGCCAACUGAACGACAUCUCGAGCUUGAUACCUCCCGUGUCGCAAACCACUAUGCCUGUGAUACCGUCCCCGGCGGCAACGGGGCCUGGGGGUCCGGGUGGCGUCCUGCAAUACGGCUCUCUGGACGAUAAGUCCGUACACGGUGUCGGUGUCGACCCGGUCACUUCGGUGGCCCAACCUGUACAUAGCCUUCACCAGCCGCACCUUUCGCAGCCCCACAGUCAAUCAACGGGUUCGCAGUCAGCGGCACAGCAACAACAGCAGCCUUCUCAGCAACUGUCAUCGCUACAGCAGCAGAUGCAGCAGCAAGCAGCGAUGCUCACGCAACUUCAGCCCGGAUCUCACCUUGCCUCGCCGCAGCAUCACGCUGGGCCCGGUCAGCAUCCGCAAUCGGCUAUGCAGGCUCAGCAGCAACAGCACCAGCAGCAACACCACGCUUCUCUAGCGUCCAUGCAAACAGCGAGUGGUGGAAGCGGCGGUCACGUCAGCCUAUCACAUUCGAUCUCGCAGCAACUCCACUCACCGUCAUUUAAUGACGAUUUGCUGAUGUCGCCAAGCGGCCCUAAUCAGCACCUGCAAGCGGUGAACAACAUUUCCCAACAAUCGCAGCAGCAACAGCAGCAGCAGCUACAUCAACCAAAACAGCAACAGUCAUCGAUGAACGAUCUCCCAUCGAUGCAUGGUAGCGCUUCUCUGGAACAGCACCAGGCCCACCAGCAACAUCAGCAGCACCAGCAGCAAUCGAUUGUCGAACUGCCACCAAUAUCGUCUAUAACUGAUCAGCAACAACAGCAACAUCUGCAUCAUCACCAUUUGCACCAUCACCAUCAGCAGCAUCAACAUCAUCACCAUCACCAUCAACAGCAACAACAGCAGCAGCAACAGCAACAGCAACAGCAGCAACAACAGCAGCAGCAGCAGCAGCAACAGCAACAGCAACAACAGCAACAACAGCAGCAGCAGCAGCAGCAGCAGCAGCAGCAGCAACAGCAACAUCAAUCGCAACAUCAAUCGCAACAUCAUUCCUCAAGUGGAUUGAUUGAGCAACAGGAACCACAUCAUCAGCAGCAGCAUCAGCAACAACAACAAAUGCAACAGCAUCAACAUCAUCACCAUCAACAGGCACAGCAUCAGCAGCAGCAUCAGCAACAGCAGCAACAUCAUCAGCAGGUGCCUCCUACGUCCGACUUUAGCCUGAUCGAUAGCUUAGCAUCGAGCAAUGCGAAUGAGGCUCCGCCAAGCUUGAAUCAGACGUUGAGCACAGGCAGCACGGCGUCCGUUUAUUCACACGAAACCCUAACGCCACUGGCGGAGGUCGUAGACCCUCGUCAGCAGCAGCAACAACAGCAACAACAACAGCAGCAGCAGCAGUCAGUGUCUGCCGAGCAGACCGGUAGCAGUAGCAACGAGGAAUCUCGCGACAGCAUCGUCCCUGCUCCAGCUGAAUCCAACACGGACGAUACGAAGUCAUCUAGUUCGAGUUCGUUAAUGGCUGGUACGGACUUUGAGGCUUUGCAUCAGCAGCAACAACAACAGCAUGCCACUGCUGCCGGUUUACUGCUGGGGCAAGACAACAAUCUCGGCGGUCUAGACGAGCCAAUGAAAGACCCGUCGGCCACCGCUGCCAACCUGAUUGACGGAGGUGCUACACUUUUGGAAGAACAUCACCAACAUUCAGAUGGAAACAAUCUGUUGGCGAACGAAACCUCCUCGAUGCUGGAACAGCAGUUAGGGGAGUCGAUAUCGAACGAACCAUCGGCCGGAGGGGGUCCUCUCACGUCUUUGACGGAUCUGCAGGCACCGGAAGUGACGACCGCAAGUAAAAGUCCCGAUCAGACCACAGUUGUACCGACGUCGACGACGGCAGUAAACGACACGACAAUAUUGCCAGGUGGUGAACCAUCAAUAUCGACCAGUACCGUGUCUGCCACGGGAACGACUUUGGCGGGAGCUGCUGGUCCACAGCUGCACUCCCAUCCAACGUACACACAAACGUUGAUCGGUCAAGCAGGUCCGACGGCGGGGGGUCUUUAUGGAAUGCAUCCAACUUCGGGUGGAACGAUGGUGCACGUUGGUGCUCAAAAUGCGCAAGCACAACAACCACAGACCGGAACUGCCGCGGCUGUUGCUACAACAGGUGUCCCGCCAGCAAUGCACGGCAUGCAAACGGGAGCGCCCGAUGGUAUGAUGUUGGUGCCCCCGCCGCCCUAUCAAACGCCGCUGUCGCACGCUCAAGAGCGGGCCGCUAUUCAGCAGCAGAUGCAGGACAUGUACAAGCUACCGAUAGCCGACAAUCAGGAGAAGAUGAUGCGCCUCCAGGAACGUAUGGCAAUGUUGCAGCAGCAUGAAACGACCGACGGAUGUCAGGGCUUGGGGCCUCAACCGUGCCUACUGAUGCAAAGUCAUCCGCUUUACCCGCAAACAACGGCCCUCGGUGUGGCGGCUCCUGUUUCUGCGGCCGCCGCAGCGGCGGCUGCGGCAGCUGCUGCGCAAGCCAUGAUCGACAGUCCGCAGGUAACGAGCACGACAGGUCGUGGACGGGCCCGAGCACCCUCCAGCAAACCGCGCAAAUCUCGUGCGAAAAAGUCAGCAGAGAAACAGACCGCGCAACAGGAGGCGGCUGUGGCUGGCACCACAACUCCUGUGCUGCUGCCUGGGCUUGUUGGCGGAAUCACCUCGGGCGAUGAGGCUUCGCAACCGAAUGCACCACUGGCCACAACGCUGUUACCGGUAUCGGAAGAUUCCGUAACGGCGGGAACGGGCUUACCAGAGGUUAGCUCCGAUGGGUUCCACGAACUAGCACUAGAAGGUAGUGGCGUUGGGAUUAAUGCAGCAGGUGAUCUCUCCCAAGACAAUUUGUCGUGUAGUGCGGGCGAUCUCGACACAUCAACUGAUGCGUGCGGAAAGAAGAUCAAAAAACGACGCAAACCUCGCGAAUCGAAAAAACCGGCAAAAGCUAGUGUGGUGAAGGAUUCUCCGGCAAAGAAGGAAAGUAAAUCGAAGAAGAGUUCGAAGAAAAAGAGCAAGAGUAGUCGGAAAACCACCACCAAUGCUGCGAGCGACGGUGAGAAUUCGUUGUCGAUGGAUGAUACCGCGGAUGGUGCUAGCAUGACGCUUGCCGAGGCUGGUGAUCAUGAGCAAUCGAAAACGUCCGCCACUGGAAUGGCCAGCGAGAACGAGGAGAAUCAGUCGUUGGCCUCAUUAAUGCAUUCACAAAUCACAAAUGAGAUUGAGCAAAGCACUGUCUCUGAGAAUGUGGCAUUCGAGGGCGCACCAGACGACACGAAAGAGUCAUUGACAAUGAUGACCGAAGCGAGGAAACUGCAGACGGCCGUCGAAUCGGCGGAAGGAGCAGAGUGUCCUACAGGUGAUGUUCCAUCGUCUGCAACUGAGGGUGUUUUCGGGGUGAAAGAAAAUCUCACUGCUGAUGUUCCAGCCGAAGGCACAUCCGGUGCAAAAACUGAAGACGUCGUUGGUGAUGACCAGUCGAAGGGAGCGAUUACUACGACAACGGAGGAACUUUCCGAAGGUGGUGAUAGCACCAUGAUAGAGGCGGCCACUAAAACGGAAGAUGUCACCGAUUUUGACGACAUCCCCGUAUCGAAAAUACCCAACAAUAAGCAUCCGACCGCUGCACAGGAAGAGGAGGAUAAGAAAGAACACGAUGAGAGUGUAAGCGGAGAGACGGAAACGCCCAGCAAGAGCAAGAAAAAGAGCAGCAGCAGUAGCAAACGCAAGGAGGGUGGCGAAGGAGGUGGUAGCAGCAAAAAUCGUAAUCGUCCUAGCGGUGGCGGUGGGGGUGGCGGGUCUUCGUCACGUCGAAGCGGUGGUAAAUCUGGCAGCUCGAAGAGUCGAUCGCGUCGCAGUCGAAUGAUUGUCACCGAGUCCGAUGGGGAAGGGGACGACCUGUUAAGCACACCGCCUCCGUCUCCGCCGCCUGACAUGGACGCCGACAGUUCCAAGAGACGCUCGGCUCGUAACACACAGCGCAAAAAGUACGUCGAUGACGUUAUGUUGCGUUUCUCAGACGACGAAUCGGGACUCAUGUCACCGACACCAACUUCAAGUGGUGGGCGAAAGGAUCGACGGUCGGAAGGAGCGCUCGAACGGAAGGACGUUAGUGCUGUGGACGGUGUUGUUGUUGAGGGUGCAGCUGGCACAGUUGGCUUGGAUGGUUCCGUGGUUGGCAGUGGUGAUACUAGUGGUGGCACCGCCGGAUCGUUGGGUUUAGCCGGUGAAGGAGACGAUAAGGUUAGCACUUCGGAUGUAGCGAAAGUCGCUUUGCAAGAUGCAAGUGGCGAAGUCAAAUUGGACGAAGCUAACAAACCUAACUACGUGUAUGUCAACACCUCGGAGGAAGAUUCCAUGGUCGUCCAGCUAGUGCUGGCCGUACGAAGGGGAAGGCGCGAGCUUAAACCGGAACCUCCACCACGGCCUCCAAAAGAAAAAACGCCUGAUCUGGAAGCGAGCGAAGUGAGGUUGAAGAACGAACGCAAGGAGGGUGAUAAAGAGGACGAUACGGAGGCUAGUGGCCCUGAUGCAGUAGUUAAAGUAGAAUCCGACAAAGUGGAAGGUGAAAAGCAUGACACUGCAGAAGACGUUGAUGGCACGAUGGGCGAAGAACAGAAAACGCAUGAAGCCACGUUGCCAACGAAAUCAACCGAGAAUGAAGGUGAAGUGAAGAAACUCUUGGAAGCCGAAGAAACUCUUGGAGAAUCUGCUGUCUUGGAAAAGGUUACUUCAGUCGAUCUGGUUGAUGAAAAGAUGGAAACGGAUGUGCCCGAAAAGAGCAAGGAUGAAACAGCGAUGGAAUUGGAAGUGAAACAAACAGAUACGGAACUACUCUCAAAAGAUGGGGAGCAGGAAAAGCAGUCAGAACCUAUGGAAACGGAUGCAGAAGAAAAUUCCACGUUCAAACCAGUUGAGUCAACCGAAGCGAAGGAGGACGAAACGGGGAACAUUGGUGAUAGCACUGAACCUCAAAAGGCAGAAAGCGAUGAACGCACUUCUGUUGAAAAAUCGGAUGCUGUUCAAAAGAUAGAAGUAGACAAGGAUCCGGACACUAAGCAAACUAACGAUGCAACCACAGAAUCCCCGACAGCAUUGGUGAAGAAAGAAGAGGGCGAUUCUGCCGAAGUGAUCACGAUGCCUCCGGUUGACACGACAGAGCUAAAGAAAGAAGCUGGCGAGCCGCAGGAAGAGGAAAAGAAGCCUGAACCGGUGUACAUAGACGUGGAGGAGUACUUUGUAAAGUAUCGCAACUUUUCCUAUCUGCACUGUGAGUGGCGCACCGAAGACGAGUUGUUCAAGGGCGAUAAGCGGGUCGGCAACAAGAUCAAGCGCUUUCUGAUGAAACAACAGCAGCAGCUGAACAUCUUCGAAAGUCUAGACGAAGAGUCGUUUAAUCCGGACUUUGUCGAGGUUGACCGUGUACUGGACGUGUCGGAGUUAACGGACGAUGAGGGAAAGUCCGUGAAACACUAUCUUGUCAAGUGGAAGAGCUUACCGUACGAGGACAGCACUUGGGAGUUGGAGGACGACGUGGAUCAGCCGAAGAUCGAGCAGUACCACAAGUUCAACAAAAUUCCACCAAAGAGUGAGUGGAAAACCAAGAAGCGACCCCACCCGGACCAGUGGAAGGCUCUGCCCGAGUCACCGAUUUUCAAGGCUGGCAACAAGCUUCGUCCCUACCAGCUGGAGGGUUUGAACUGGUUGCGUUACUCGUGGUACAAGGGUAACAACUGCAUCCUGGCCGACGAGAUGGGACUGGGAAAGACGAUUCAGAGCUUAACGUUCGUUAACUCGGUGUACGAGUACGGUAUCCGAGGCCCGUUUCUGGUCAUUGCUCCGCUGUCAACCAUACCGAACUGGCAACGAGAGUUCGAGGGCUGGACGGACAUGAAUGUGAUCGUGUAUCACGGGUCGGCGACGAGCCGGCAGAUGAUCCAAGACUACGAAGUGUACUAUCGUACUGAAACGGGCAAGUUGAUUCGCGACAUCACAAAGUUUAACGUACUCAUCACCACGUUCGAAAUGAUCGUGACCGAUUAUCAAGACUUGAAAAACUUCACUUGGCGAACGUGCGUCAUCGAUGAGGCGCAUCGUUUGAAGAACCGAAACUGUAAGUUGCUCGAGGGUUUACGUCAGCUGAAUCUUGAACAUCGUGUGCUCCUGUCUGGCACGCCGCUCCAAAACAAUGUGAACGAACUGUUUUCACUGCUCAACUUCCUUGAACCAAGCCAGUUCGCGUGCAGCGAGGAUUUCCUGCGCGAGUUCGGCAGUCUCAAGACGGAGAGUGAAGUGCUGAAGCUGCAGGCUCUGCUGAAACCUAUGAUGCUGCGACGGUUGAAGGACGACGUGGAGAAGUCGCUCGCUCCAAAGGAGGAGACUAUUGUUGAAGUAGAGCUGACCAACAUCCAGAAGAAAUACUAUCGUGGUAUUCUCGAGCAGAACUUUUCUUUUCUCAUGAAAGGCACAACUUCGGCCAACAUACCGAAUUUAAUGAACACCGUGAUGGAGUUGCGCAAGUGCUGCAUCCAUCCGUAUCUGCUGAAUGGCGCAGAGGAUCAGAUUCAAUACGACUACCGGCAGCAGCAUGGUGAAGAUGCCGAAGCAUACUACAAAAAUUUGAUCGUGUCCUCCGGCAAGAUGGUGUUGAUUGAUAAGCUUCUCCCGAAACUGAGAGCGAACGGACACCGCGUGCUAAUCUUUAGCCAAAUGGUGCGCUGUCUGGACAUUCUAGAGGACUACCUGAUGUACAAGAAGUAUCCGUUCGAGCGAAUCGAUGGCCGAAUUCGUGGUAACUUGCGCCAGGCUGCCAUCGAUCGCUACUCCAAGCCGGACUCGGAUCGGUUCGUCUUCCUGCUUUGUACCAAAGCGGGUGGAUUGGGCAUUAAUUUGACGGCCGCUGACACGGUGAUUAUCUACGAUAGUGACUGGAACCCACAGAAUGACCUGCAAGCGCAGGCACGGUGCCAUCGUAUCGGUCAGCAGAAGAUGGUGAAAAUCUAUCGAUUGCUUUGUCGCAACACGUACGAGCGCGAAAUGUUCGAUAAGGCAUCACUGAAGCUGGGUCUUGAUAAGGCCGUCCUGCAAAGUAUGAACACUGGGCAAAACAAGGACGGCACGCAGCGUCAACUUUCGAAAAAAGAGAUCGAAGAUCUGCUCAAGAAGGGAGCCUACGGUGCGGUGAUGGACGAUGACGCAGGGGAUAAGUUUUGCGAAGAGGAUAUCGACUCGAUCUUGUUGCGCAGAACGCAGGUGAUCACGAUGGAAAGCGAGAAAGGUUCGACUUUCUCGAAGGCAUCGUUCGCCGCGGCGGCCAACCGGAGCGACAUCAACAUUGACGAUCCGGACUUUUGGAACAAAUGGGCCAAAAGGGCGGAGAUUGAUCCGACCGCUUGCGAGAAGGAUGAAACUGAAGAUCUGGUAAUAGCGGAACCUCGUAGACGGACGCAAAUCAAGCGGUAUGGUCAUGACGAUGUGCCGAUGGACAUUUCGGACGAGUCGUCUGGUGAGCAGGGUACGGAUGGUGAAGAAGGUGGUGGCGGUCUAAAGACGCGCAGCAAGCGGACGCGUGGCGCCAAGGAGAAGAAAAAGUUGCAGCAAUUGCAGCACGACGAUUAUGUGCCACGUGAUCGGGAAACGCUCGCGGUGUUGGGCGCCGAUGAAGUUUCGUACGGCAAUUGGGCGAGGUCGGAGUGCUUCAAGGUCGAAAAGGGACUACUGUCACACGGCUGGGCACGAUGGACAGAAAUUCUCGAGCUAGGACAGUUCAAGCGCGGUUGGCGAGAGCAGGACGUUGAAGAUUGUGCCCGGGUCAUUCUACUCUACUGUUUGGAGCGCUAUCAGGGUGAUGAAAAAAUUAAAAACUUCAUCUGGGACCUGAUAACACCGAACGAGGGCGGUGAACAGCGAGAAAUUGCCCGCAACCACAGUGGCUUGCACAAUUUGGUCCCCCGAGGUCGAAACGCUAAAGGGCGGAAAUCAACGUCGGGUUCAACGUCUGCCUGCAAUACACCGAAACGAGAAUCGAGUGCGACCGGCGGUGGUGGCAACGGUAGUGGAUCGGGAACAGCAACACCGGGUCCCACUACUCCGCAAUCAACUUGCCCGACAACGGCGUCGAUUGGUUCUGUAUCUGUUGGCAUAGGAAGCAGCAGCGGAGCCGGUGAAGCAAACGAGGACGCUUCGUCCAACUCUUCCGGUCCGAAGGGCGAAAAGUCGGCCAAAUCCGGAUCCGAUACUGGGGGCACCAAUACACCGACGUCCGAUCCGCAUCACUGGAGCAAAGACGAGAAAUACGACGCGGACGCCCUGCUCGACAUAAACUACAAGAAGCACCUUACCAGACACGCUAACAAAGUACUGCUACGUGUUCGCAUGCUGUACUACAUCAAGCACGAAGUUCUUGGAGACUUGGUUAACCAAAUCAAUGAUGGCGCUAACGCAAGUGAUCUCCCAAUUCGGCCACCGCCUACGCCCGAUCAGCUGCCGUGCUCAUGGUGGAAUCCAAAUUGUUGCGAUCGAAGUUUGUUGGUGGGAACGUACAAGCUUGGCUGCGAAAACUACCGCGGGAUGCGAGCGGAUCCGAUGCUCUGCUUCCAGAGCCACUGUGGUCCCGGUGAUGGCACCAUCGAAGAGACAGCGAUUGUUAAAGAAACGGAUGACGAUGCAAACUCCAAACAGGGAGACAAUGAGGACGAUCCGGAGGAUGGUGUUCCGUCAGAGAUGAGAUCGGCCUCGGUUGGCAUCGAUUCAAAGGAUGAUGAUGAAGAAUCCACAGCGGGUACGACUAGCGCACCAACACCGGCACCCUCCGACUCGAACCUGGAGAACAUGGCCUGGCCAACGAUGCAGGAUCUGAACACGAGGCUGCGACGAGUGAUCACGUCCUAUCAACGCAACUACAAGAAAGAGGAACUCAAGCAACAACAGAAGGCCAAGCUACAGUCGAUAAUCCCACCAGCGGGUACACCGACACUGUCCGGGCAGUCAUCCUCUUCACCUUCGACUCCUUCAACUACGCCUGGUCCAAUGAUUGUCACAACCACAUCACAACAACAACCCCAACAGCAACAGCAGCAAGGACAGCAGCAAGCGCAAAUGGGACAAGUCGUCGGUGGUCAGGGAGGAAACGCAAUGGGCCUGACACAUUCCGUUCCCGGCAGCGCUGGUGUGUACGGAUCUUCCAGCGGCGGUAUUGGUCACCCGUCAGUCGGUGGCGGUUCGGUCGGUAAGGGAGUGCAGCAGCAACAGUUGCAACCACAACCAUCAACGAGCGGCGUUGGAAGUGGAGGCCUUGGGGGCCUGCAGGCACCCACCUCCGGAAUGCCAACGGCAGCCGAUUUCAGUCUUAUGCUCAGUCUUGGACUGGGCCUAAAUCCGGCCGACCCGAACCAGCUGGCGAACAUAGAUCUGCAGAAGCUUGCAAUGUACUUGAAAAUGGAACGGCGUGAAAAGAAUGAGCAAGUUAUGCGUGAACGGGAGCGCGUUCGGUUGGAGCAGAUACCGAAGAAGUGGACACGGCGCGAAGAAAAUGAGUUCAUUCGCGUGCUCACCGGUUACGGCAUCGACCUGCAGCCUAACACGGCCGUCCCCACACCCGAUUGGAGUCGAUUCAAAGUGUUUGCCAAGUUGGAUAAGAAAACGGACGAAAAUCUGAGCGAUUUCUACAAAGUGUUCAUCGCGAUGUGUAAACGCCAGGCGUGCGUUAAGCUGAACGAUGACGAGAAGGGUCUCGAUGGGCUGGUCGAUGAUGUAACAGAGGAUCAUGCAAAGCUGAUUCUCGACCGGCUGGAGCUGUUGUCCAAGGCGAGGCAAAUCAUCAAACACCCGAAGCUGGAGGAAAACAUCCGGCUAUGCGAAAACAAUCUCGACACGCCCGACUGGUGGAUCCCGGGUCGGCACGAUCGGGAGUUGCUGCGUGCCGUUUUGAAGUACGGUAUCUAUCGCUCUGAGCAGCUGAUUCUAGCCGAUCCCGAGUUUCCUUUCUACGAAUCGGCAAGGAAGUACCUGCAGCAGCUGGAAAUGCAAAUUCAACUGCAAAAUCAACAUCUCAUGAAGAUGCAGGCAGAAGCAACAGCCAAGGCGGAAGCGGCCGCCAAGGCCGCUUCAGCUGCUUCGUCCAAAAGUGCGUCGCCUGAAAAAAGCACCACUGCCGCCUCCUUGCCGAUUGCCGCAAAGACGGUGAAACAGGAGAAAGAAGCAACAUCGACCGUUGUUUCGGUUGAAGAGGGAAAGGAUGUUGGUAAAGAUGUUACUACUAAAGCAGAAGUGGUUUCCCCAGUGAAGGAAGAACAUACUGCCGAGCUUUCUGCGGAAGAGGUGAGCGUAGAUCUGAACAAGAAGACUGCCUCUGCUGUUUUGGAAAAAGAUGGCAAAGACGAGGAAAGUGCACGAGAUGCCGAAAGCACAAGAAAAUCUCCGGAAAAAGUUACAGAGGAACCUCUGGCAGAUGAGAAUGUUGAACAGGAAUCUUCCGAGGGGCACGAGCAGGCACCGAUUGAAAAGUCAGAUUGUGAAAAGAUGUCGCCAGAGAAGGAGACAACAAUCGACGAAGCAUCUUCGGCCAAGGAAGUAUCUUCGGAAAAGCAGCUAACUGAGAAAGAGAAUGCUGGUGACGAAAACAAUCUCCCCUCGAAGGACCUUUCUGAGAAAUUGAUGGUUGUCGAUUCCAUUGUCGCCGGUGAUGUCGAGCCGGUAAAAGAUGCAGAGAUGGCGGAAGAUGGCAAGGAGUCACUCACCGAAGAGAAAUCGCAAGAAAAGUUAGUGGAUGAUACGGUUAGUGAUGCUGUUACUGUCUCCACCGACGAGGAGCAUAAGACCGAUGGUCCCGAGAAAAUGGCUGUUGAGCUGCCGAAUUCCUCGGAAGAAACCCCCGACAUGCCGGAUGCAGUGAGCACGGAAGAAAAAAUCAGUAUAGAUGGCGAAAAGGACGAAUCGGUCUCUACUGAAUCGGAAGUAAAACCCUCAGACACUGAAGCGGUAAAAGAAGUGGAAAUGGAAAGUACAACGAUUGACCCGAGCUUUAGUGAUGAUUCGAAGACCGAGAUGAAAGAGAAGGAAGAUGACAAAAUGGACACCAACGAAGAGGAGCCGAAUCUUGCUUCGAAGCCAUCAGUCGAUGGACGCAGAACACCCUCCGUCGAGAAGGAAUUGCGCAUGGAAGUAGACGAACCGACAGGAGACGAGGCUAAGGACGGCGAAACAGCAGACAAAGAAGGUGAUCUGGUAGAAGAUGCAGCCGUUGCCAACCGGGACACUAUCGCCGAAAACACUGCUAAAGGUGCACAUGAUGAAAAGAAAUCGGCGACGGAACCAUCCGCAGAAUUGACCCCUACCGAUGCUGUAUGUUCGGAAGAUGUUUCUAAAGCAAAGGAGGAGACUGAGGAACACAUAGCAUCUACUGAGACUGUCAAAGCGGAAUCUGUGGAAGAGCCAAGGCCAAAGGCGAACGAGGAGGAGCAUGGUUCGGAAGUGGAAACCUCAACCGUAGUUGCAGUCAACCAGGAAGCACCUAGCGCUUCGUCUCCCACUAAAGUACAUGAAACGAUAGCCAGUAGUGAUCCGGAAACAAAGAAUGAAGCAGAUUCUGCUGCUUCCGGACUGGUCGACGAGAACACUACGGCUGUGGCUGCUGCUGCGGCUGCACCUGCACCUGCACCUGCACCUGAAGAAUCCACGGUUGGUACUACGGAAAAGGAGCCGGUCAGUGAAGUGGCGCCAAUGGUUAUGGGUGAAGAAAAAUUCAUCGUCAGUAGUGACGAUACGGAAAAAGUGUCGCCGGUCAUUGUAAACUGCGAAGAGACAGCGAAAUCGAAAGCAGCGCCAGAAAGGUCACCAUCUCCCGAUGUUAUCAUCGUGGAGGAGAAGAAGUCGGUCGAGGCGAAACCAGCGGUCGUGAACUUGGUGUCUGAGGAGGAGCGCUGCUCGAAGCAGGCUGCAGAAUUGAAGGCUCGUUUCCCGGAUCUGGAGGUAUUUCAACCGUUGAUGAAGCUGAAGCAGCUCGACAGCAGUCUCACCAAAGAGGAUCUGAAAAACAUGAGCAAAUUUGCCAGCAUGAUCGAUACGUCGAUGAUCGUGAAAUGGUUCCGCGAUUUUGCGCUCGAACGUCGCGUUGGGCACAUUAUUUAUUGCGUUGAGCAGGGUGAGUGGCCGGUCGGCAAAUCGUACUCAGCGUACACUGGAUGCCUUGGCAUCGAUCUGGAUAUUCCGCUAUACGAGACGAUCAAGCGCAUUAUUCCGAUGAACGACGAUAUGCUGCGUCGGUCGGCGUCCAGCACACCGGACGUGAUAACGAUCACGACCGAUCAUCAAAAUGCGAAGCAGAUCAGCCAGGCUGCGGCGCUUGGUCAGCACUCGGCCACCGGUGGUUCCUCUGCCGGUGGUGGAAUGCUGAUGGGAUCCGGGAACAGUUCCUCGAUCGGAGCUACUGGUAGCGGAUCGCAGUCGAUGAAUCAGAGCAUGGCGGUGGCAGCAGCAGCAGCUCAUGCAGCGGCAGCGGUAGCGGCCGGAGUCGGUGUGACGAUGCCACCGACAAGUAAGAAACGCAAGCGACACAUUGCUAUCGAUGUUGAAACCGAGCGAGCGAAAUUGCAUGCGCUGCUGAAUAAUACACAAAGCCCAGUUCCGAAUUCAAAGUCACAACCGUCACACUCGUCGAGCAACAGUGGCGGCGGUAUCCAAUGGAACGACGAGGACGUGCAGGAGAUUCGAAGCAACGCACGGGGUGGCAGUGGUAGCAGUACGAAUUCGAACGUGCUGCAACCACCACCGGCCCAUCAGCAUGCUCCGCGAAACCAAAUGUCCUACCCGAAACCGACGCUUAUUCCCGGAACGUCGAGCACGCUAACCCCGAUCGAUUUAUCUUCCAGUUACAGUCUGCCAAAGGUUAAUAUUGCAGAAAUGAUCAAGAACAGCAGUGUAGCUGCGGGUGCCGGUGCUGGCGGCCCGAUGGAUCUUAGUGAGGUGCAGGACUUUUCCAUUGGAAAGAAUAAAAAGUCCUCCAACAGCCAGCAGCAGCAUCUGCCGAGUGGUAUUAGUAUAACCAGUGCCUCAGGACCGGCAGGCAUGAUGCAGUCCCCGUCGGCUGCCGUGGCAGCGGCGGCCGCCGCUGGUAAGGGUAAACUGAACGACAUGCUGUCGAAGCUAAUGAAGAAGAAUAACGUUAGCGUGCCGAUUGAAGAACCGCCACUGGGCAAAGAAAAGAAACGCCGAAAAUUGGACGAGAUCGUGCUCGGCCUGUCGGCGGCCAAGGAACACAAGACGAUCUUUGGUGAUCCGACACCACCGGGUGGCAGCUUUUCAGGAAGCUCGAUGAAGAAACCUCAGAUUCCGCCGAGCGUCUCGGUGACCCCGGCUAGUGCACCGUCUUCGGUGAGCCAACAGCCACCACAGAAACCUUUCACCAUCACCGUCACGAGCGUUCCAGGCAAUCCCAAAAAUCAGGGGGCGGGUGGUUCUAAUUCGUCUUCGAGCAGCAACGCAAACAGUAAUGCCGCCGUAGCUGCCAGCAUGCAGGCGGCCCUACAGGGAAUGUCGGGUAUGUCGUCGAAGGACAGUCUGAACGCCCUGUUCGCUCAGGCGGCACAAGUCGAACAGCAACAAUUUUUGAAGCAACAGCAGAAACUCAUCCAGUCUAUGCCAGCUAACUCACCACAGCGCAAAGCGUACGAAGCCAUGUUUGCCGAAAUGAAGCAGGCGGCCGAAUUGAGCUCCAAACUGGGCCAAUAUGGCAGUGCGCACGACGCGAAGGUAAACAAGUGGCUCGCGGAGCAGACGGCCGCUCUGACGGAGCAGGCCAUGGGAAUGGAUUAUCUGUCUCGAUCGCGAUCGCGCGGCGGAUCGUCUUCUUCGCAAGGCGGGUCGAGUUCACGAUCGACGCGGGGUUCCGCGAACAGUAUGCAACAGCAGCAACAACAACACCACCACCAACAGCAGCAGCAGCAGCAUCAGCAACAACAGCAGCAGCAGCAGCAGCAAGCCGAAAACAAUGCGAUGGCCUUCAACUGGAAAAAUCUAACCGGCGACGAGUACGUUGCAGUGAUCAACAAAAUCAAUGGCAAGCGAUUGACGGGCAACAAAGCGCCGCAGUUGAAGCGGCUAACUCAGUGGCUAGCGGAUAAUCCGGCCUACGAAAUCGAUCCGAAAUGGGCCGAGUCGAUCACCCUUCCGGGGCCUUCUUCAGCGAUGUCAAAGGGAACGAUGGGGGACGGCGGUGGUCAGGGUGGUUCGUCAUCAUCAUCGGCCAAGCAGAUGCGUUCGCAGAAUGCAGCCGCCGCCUCCGCAGCUAGUCAGUACGGCAGCGGAAGUGGUGGCGGCGGAAGCGGUGGUCAACAAUCGUCCUCCGGCUCGACUUCUUCGUCGUCGAAGAAACACUCGCAAAGCAGUAGCAAUGCAGCAGCGGCUGCGGCGGCCGCAGCCGCCGCCAGUAUGCAGUUCCCUGGGCUUGCCGGGUUGAAUGCGAACCUUCUGUCUAGCAUACCGGGACUCGGAAGCUUUGACCCGAAGAACAAUCCACUGCUUAUGCCAUUCGGUGGCAUGCCAGGCUUGGCCGGUCUCGGUGGUCUGGGAAAUCUCAACAACAUGAAUCUCUUCUCGAAUCUGGCCGGUCUGGGAGGGCUGUCGGCCGGCAUGGAUGCGCAAAGUUUGGCUGCCAUGAUGGCCGCCGCCGGUCUGGAUCCGGCCGCCGCACUCGGGGCAGCGGCUGCCGCAGCAUCGUCCGGCGGAACGCCCACGAAAGGUGGUGGUGGCGGAGGGAAAUCGCGAAAAUCAUCUUCCGCCGUCAACGAUGGAGCUGGAACCUCGUCAUCAUCCGGCUCUGGCCAACAAGGUUCAUCGAAAGGCCAAAGCUCCUCACAACAGCAGCAGGCAGCGGCAGCGGCAGCAGCAGCCGCCGCCGCGGCCAACAGCCAAUUCCCGUUCUUCUUCCCCAACCCGAGCCUGCUCUACACACCCCUGGGCCUGGGGGGAUUGAAUCCUUACGGUUUGCCCGGUGCUGGCGGACUGGGAACGAGCGGAAGCACGACGGGUACGUCUUCCUCGACGACGACCUCGCGGCAAUCGCAAUCUGGGAAACAGAAUUCCCGCGGCGGUGCUGGCGGAGGAAUGGGCGGUUCAGGCGGUUCUUCGCAAUCGACCGGUUCGCCAGGCGGAGGCGGAAAGGGACGUUCGUCGGGAUUAAGCCAACAGCAAGCAGCUGCUGCAGCGGCAGCCGCCCACCAGCAGGCUGCACGGGAAGCGGCCCAGCUCCAGCAGCUGCUGCUCCCGCACGACACACACCUUCUCGAGUCGUUGACGCGUUCGGCUGGACUGGAUAUUUCCGCCGCAUCCCAGGCCAGUCCCGGCAGCGGAGGCGGAGGAUCCGGUGGAGGAAGUGGCGGUGGCCGAGGCGGGGGUGGAUCGAGUGCGGCCGAGAAGCAGCGAGCACGCGAAAGUGCCGCCGCACAACAAGCCAACAAACAGGCCCUCGAGAAGCUUGAACGGGAACGGCGCAAGAUCCUUGAAACGCUCACUGCAGGCGGAUUUCCGACCGAUCUGGCCGCCAUGCAGGCGUUUGCAACGGGAAAACUGCCGUCCACUGGCUCAUCGCAUUCGUCGAAGGGUGGGGGCAGCAGUAGCAGCAGCUCGUCGCAGGCCCAAGCAGCGGCCGCAGCUGCUGCAAUGGCGGCAAUGUCCGCGAAGGAUCUUCCACUUCCGAUACCGCCCGAGUUCAGCCAAGCGUUAUUCGCCGGCAUGGCAGCCCACGCUUUGUCCGCGUCGGGUGCCUCAGGAACGGGCACGGGAAGCAGUGGGCGCUCGUCGUCCCCUUCGGCCGCCAAGAAGGCGCGCGACCAAGACCUCAAGGAUGCGUUUGAGCAGUUGAGCAAAAAUCCGAUCGAACUGUUGGCACGAAGUCUCGGCGUUGGGCCGGCAAUCUCGCUCAUUCCGACGUCAUCGUCGAGUUCGUCGACACCUUCGCCGUCGGAGUCGAAGCGCGCUCGACACGAGGCAGCCCAGCUGCAGCAUCAUCUAUCGAAACUCGAUCCGAAGACUUUGCUGCUCGGAGGCUCCGGAGCACCGGAAGAACUGAAGUCGUCACCACGCUCGAGUCGCUCGAGUGGCGCCACCGAAUCGUCGUCUACGUUACUUGGUCUGGACAAGGUAACUCUGACGCCCGUGGCUGCCGCAAGCAUUGCUGCGUCGCUACCGUCUCAGACCACCAUCUCACUAGCACCCUCUCCGUUACCCGGCGGCGGGUCUUCAUCAUCGCUUAAUCUGAGCUCCAAGAGUCCGGCUUGCCUUUCGAGUUCAUCCUCAUCUAGUGGCAACUUGGAGCGGGAGUUACGCGAGCGCGAACGGGAACAUCAACGGGAGCGCGAGCGGGAACAUCGGGAGCGAGAACGGAACGAGCGACAUGAGCGGCAGGAGCGCGAUCGAUUGGAGCGUUUGGAGCGACGCGACCGCGAGGCCGCGGUAGCAAUGGAAAGGAUGGAACGAUCCGAGCGAAAUCUUCGCUCGUCGGUCGACAGUGUCGCAGCCGAUCUAAGCCGUGUUGCCGCUGCCGGACUAUCGGUUUCGCUGGCCAAUCCAGGUGGAUCUCAGUCGACAAUCGGAUCGUCUGGACGAUGCGAAACCGUUGGUAGCGGUGUAGGUGGUGCGAAUUUGCUGGGCGGAGCGUCGGUGCUCUCGUUGGCCGCAUUAGGACCACAUAAUCUUUCCUCAGGCACCGCAGGAGGAUCGUCGACGGAACCGAUAGGAGGCGGCGGCGGCAGAAGUGGAGCUUCACGAGCUAUCGAUGGAGCGGUCGCCAUUGGCAGUGGAAAUUCCGCGGAAGCGGGCUCAUCAACUGCUGGGCCCAGUGCGGGACCGGAGAUGGACCUUGAAGAUCUGAUCGCGCCUUCCAAGCUGUCCAAGUCGGGUGGUGGUGUGUUGAGUGAAGAGGAUGACCCUCAGAAGCAGAUAAUGUUGUUAAAGCAAAAGCAGAAGCUGCUGCAGCAGGAGCACCUGAAGAAAGUGCACGAAGCGCAAGAAGCGCAACGGCUGAUCGAACAGCAGCGCAUUGCGGCGGUCGAGCAGAAGAAACAGGAGCAGCACCACCACCAUCUGCACGGAAGCAGCACCCCGUUGAAGUUAACGGCGGAUGAUCCUUCGUACCACCAGGCACUGAUGCAGGCGGCAGCCGCUGAGGAAGCAGCGGAAGCGGCCGCACUGCUGCGGCAUCGCGAAUCGAAACGUAGGAGAGAAAAUGAUCUCGCCGAAGAAGAGUCGACGGAAAGGCGAAUAGCCGCUGGUGAUCACCAUCACCAUCAUCACCUUCUCCACCAGGACCUCGGUCGGGGUGAGUCGGGAAACAGGAGUAUACGUGACGAUCUGGCCGCGGUCACCGGCGCUGAUGUGGCGCCACAUCAUCCGGUCACAUCACACCAGGAAUCAGCUGCCCACUCAGAGGGUGAUUCCUUCCACGACAUCGGUCGUGACGAGCUUCACCACCACCAUCAUCAGCAGCAGCACCAUCACGACCUGGCGAUAGACAAGGAAGCGACGGGGGUUGGUGGAGAGUCGGAUCACGAGGGUGGUGGUGGGAUUGGUGCGUGCUCCGAAGAACGGCGGAGAACAUCGCGGCGCCAUCAGUCGUUACACCAGCCGAUGGCGGUAGGACCGGAGGGUGGUGGUGUUUGCGCGGACGAUGAAGCGAUGCGAUCAGAGUCGGAGAAAUCAACACCGGAAUUGUCCGGUGGCGGUGGACACGGACCGGCACGCAAGUCAACACGCUCCAGCACGGACGCGGCCAACUCGAGCGGAUGUGAAUCGAACGGAGGUGGCAGUGGAACCGGUGGAACAUCACUCGCUGCGAUGGCGCAGGUAUCCGCAGGAUCCGGCGGCGGAACACCUUCCGGUGGGCGACGAACGACGCGCAGCAAACGACCACGCAGCGGGGAAGAUUUAGAGUCCAUCGGCGUUCCGGAACGCAAGCGAGAACUGCGGUCAAGUGCAGGGCGCCAGGCAGCGGCCGCCGCUGCCCGUAUGGCGGCCGAAGCGAAGGCAGCUGCCGCCGCCGCCGCUGCCAGCGCUGUGCCGUCCUCGGGUGGAUUCUCCGACAGCAGCACCGGUUCGCUCAAUCUCUCCGCGUCCGGCGGAAAGGAUCAGCAUGACUCGGAUCGGGACGAUCAACCGAUUUGACUAAAAACGAAUAAAUGACGCUUAUAAGCAGUAGGUCAGAAAUAGGAGACGAAUACACCGAUCAUCGAUCAAUCGGAGAUCGUUAGAAUAGGUAGUUUAAGUUGCAGCGUGAGAGACAAAAGUAUGACACUGAUAUUAACGAAUGUCGAAAUCAUAGCAACCAUAGCUGAUGAACUAACCCCUGCCAACAAUCAACACUCUGUGCGUGACUCGGAUGGUGAGCGUUUUUGACUCAGCAACCAGUGAAGAGGCUUUAGAACAGCGUGGACGGCGCGGCACGAGGGAGAGCGUGUAAAGUUUUUUCAACAACAUUCCCGAUCUUCAUGGUGGAUGAAGUGGGUGGGUGGUGUGUCCAAACGUGCGUUUCGGACUUGUACAGAAAGAGUAGGCAAGGAAUCGACACGGGCCUCCAGUGGGGUACGCUCAAAACAAUGACACGCGGUUUUAGUUCGGCAACGGACAACUUGUGGGAAAUUGCUGUCAUUCGAUGACCAUACUUCUUGGUUCGAUCUGGCCCUUGGCUUCCUUCCGCGUGACGUAUAGACGGCACAUUUGGGGUGGUAGCAUGCGACGUCCACGAGGGAAAAGAAAAUUUAUUGCCUCUCCGCUCGACGCAUUAACCUACGGGGUUAAUGAGAUGGAAUGGAAUCACAAACCAAUCGUCACUAAAAAGACGUUACAAAUCAAAAGAAAGGAAAGCCUAGAUACUGUAUAAAUAACAUAGCAACUUACCAACGCGUGUGUGCGCUUUACACUUAGACUCGUCGGUAACCAUAGUAACGGCAUAUUAAACAUGAUAGUGUAACGCGAGUAGUGGCAGGGAAGGAAAUGAGUAGAGUAGGAAUAGUGCAGCACUAAGAGAAAAAGAGAGAGCGCGUGAGCGAGGAGGUUGGUGUGUGACGAAAGUAGCCUACUUUUCACAGCAAAUACGACGUCUCGUGCGCCAACGGAAAAAGAUUGGUAGCUCCUUACGCGGGGUGUGCGUUGUUGAAUCCUGCACCUAUCUUAAACCGACCUUCCGGUUUUGUUUUGCAAAUUAAGAGCCUGGCUGGGGAGGAAGGACCAUUACUGUAUACACACAGGCACACAGCUGGGAACUGGCGGGAUGUAUGUUGGGGGGUGGAGCGCGCUAUGUGUGCGAAUUCCCACGCGCGCUGUUAGUUAUGUAGGGAAAACACAAUUUAAAGGAUAACUAUAACUAUUUAUUUUCGACCUUAUUUUUUGGUUUUUGUUUCUUAGAAAGCAUCUUAUGCAUGUGAGGGCGACGACGCGUAGAACUCUAGUAGCAACGUGGGGAUGGUGUAAAGAGAACUAGGAAAAAAUCGUGGCCAAUGACGUUGGACAGGCAAAAUUCGUAGGCACAUCUUAGCCACCGCCACCAGACCACGAUCUCUGUGGUGUUGUAGAUGUGCGUGUUUGUGUGUGGUGUAGUGUAGCAAGGAUUGGAGGACAGUUAAUUGUGUAUUGCCAUUUAUUUGUACAUACAUUUACAUAUACCUGAGCACUUUUCUUCUUCUUCCUCUGUCUCCUUCACCGUUGGACGCGGAAGGAUUAAAAAGUAACGGAACGUUGAGAGGAAGAGGGGCACGCAUACACAACAAGUUCGACUGUUUUGUUUUUAAAUAGGAGCUACAAAAGAAGAUGGAAGAAGCUGAUCGGCGAGGGAAAGAGAAUGAGUGCGUGAGACAGAAAGAGAGAGAGAGAGAGAGAGAAAGUAGCGAAGAAGCUCCGUUGUGCUGUGUGUGCCGCGGGAUGUAAUGGGGAGACACUGUGAGAGAAAAGGGUGUAGAGAUAAAGUGGGAAGAUAAUAUAAAAAUCUAACAUAUUCAAAUGCAGACAGGAAAUUGUGAAAACACAUAACAAACAACACAACACAACCGCACAAUCAAAUUGAUGUGCAACUUCUGACGAUAGUUUUCUUGCAAACAAACGUAAAUAGUAAAAACCGAAGGAGGAGGGCAUCAUCAGGGCUUUUAGAAGAAGCAACACUGGACAGAAUCCAUGAAGAUAAAAGAGAACCAUUGGAGAAUGGUGAUGCUGUAAUAGAAAUGGUGGUUGUUUGAUUUGAAGCAAGUGAUAAUAAAAAAGAACGAAAA